AUGGCAAGAACGAACAAACAACAGACAAAACAACCCAAGCCACUACAAGGACAGGCUCGGAAUCCCGUUGCCAAUGAAACGAUCAAAAUGCUAUUGAAGGGACAAGUAUCCCCCAAUUACAAGAAUGAUGCAUCGUCCAAACGACGUUUGGCGGCGGCACUCCAGUCGGCGCAAUUAAUCCCCGACACGAGGAUGUUGCCCAUUCCUGCCAGAUAUACGGCUACGACGUCCCCACAGGUGAUCCUGUACAGAGGUGGAUCCUGGGAGGCUGCCGAAUGGGUUUUGGAACGGCUACAACAACCGCACCACCGUCAAUACUACCCAACGAGCGACAACACGUGGGGCAAACCAGUGGUGUUGGAUUACGCGUCCGACUCCAACCCAGGUGGAUGCUGGAGAGGAAAUCAAUACGGGACACAAGAAGAACAUCUUUGCCGGACGUCGUCGCUGGGGUUGAGUCUGGAGCGAUUGCAAUUGCAGCUGCAACGCCCCUACUCGAUUCCGACCCAUGGCUGCGUCUACGUGCAAGACGUGGCGGUCCUGUUGUGUGAAAGCACUGGUCACUGGCGUAAUCGACCUCUGUGGUGCUCUGUUAUUGCGGCGGCUCUUCGGAACGCCGACAAUCACAAAGACUUCAUUCAAGCCAAGGUACGGGGAGUGGUGGCAGCAGCCAGUGGACAUGGCGCGUUGGUGGGAGGAGCGUGGGGGUGCGGAGCCUUUGGCAAUGACACGGCAGAUGUUGCCGAAGCUUGGCGCGUAGCCGCGCUUCGGGCCCCUUCUGACAUGGCCUUUCUUGUCAUGGCGCUACCUAACAAGGAAGCUUUCGCGGUCUUUCGCCAGGUGUUCCCAGACUCAUUGGUGAUUGACCCACAGCAACCACAAGGAAAUACGAUCAAGAGGAGAAAAUAA